AUGGCUCACUCGAUCGAAGAAAUGGACCCAGACAAGGAGAAGCAGUUGGAUGAGGUCGAAGUCAGCAGGAACAACGAGUUGACCCCGGAAUUCGAGUAUUCUCAAGCUGAAGAACAAGCAUUGCUGCGUAAACAAGACUUGACCAUUCUUCCCCUUUGCGCCGCCAUCUACUUCCUCUGCUAUCUGGACCGUUCCAACAUCGGCAACGCCCGCAUUCUCAACUCGUCGACACACAAUGAUAUGCAGACCGAGACCCAUUCCACCCAGUACCAGUUCAACAUCGCCUUGAUGGUCUUCCUGGUAGCAUACGCCACUUUCGAGGUGCCAUCCAACAUUCUGCUCAAGAAGCUGCGGCCUUCGCGAUGGAUCGCGUUCCUCAUGUUUUCAUGGGGUGCCAUCACUAUGGGACUGGGUGGUGUUCAGAACUUUUCCUCCUUGGCUGCUGUGAGGUUCAUCCUUGGUGCUUCCGAAGCCGGUCUUUUCCCUGGCCUGGUCUACUACCUGACUUUUUGGUACAAGUCCGACGAGCGUAGUGUCAGGGUCGCCACCAUUCUCGCCAGCGCCACGCUCGCCGGUGCUUUUGGGGGCGCAAUCGCCUAUGGCAUUGGCCACAUGAACGGCGCAAGCGGACUAUCUGCAUGGCGUUGGCUGUUCAUCAUUGAAGGCGCCCCAUCUUGCGUCUCGUCGCUUUUUGUCCUCUUUUUCCUGCCGGAUUACCCAGAAGAACACCUCAAAGGAAGAGAACGCGAAAUUGCGCUAGCUCGUCUCAAGAUAGAAGGGAGCAAGAGUCAUCAUCGCAGCAUGACGUGGCAGGAUGCCAAAACUACGCUUACGGACUGGCGGCUUUAUGGCCACUACCUCAUCUACUUUGGAAUAUCGGUUCCCUUCAGCUCGCUGUCGUUGUUCACCCCAUCCAUCACUGCGGGUCUGGGAUACAAAGAUCUCCGGGCUCAGUUGAUGAGUGUGCCACCUUAUGCGGUAGCUUAUGUCACACAAAUUGUUGGUUCGUGGUCAGCAGACCACUUCAAUGCCCGCGGUAUUCACAGCGCCGUGUUCUCGCUCCUCGGUGCCGUAGGGUUUAUAGCCAUGGUCACGCUACCAGUAGAUGCCUACCAGCACAGAUACGGUUGUCUCAUCCUUGCAUCGGCGGGUUCCUUUGCCUGUGUCCCACCAAUGCUGGGAUGGCUUUCAUCAAAUGUCUACAGUACCGCUUCCGUAGGUCUAGCCAUUGCAAUCAAUGUGAGUGUCGGGGGUGGCAUUGGCCAAAUCCCUGGGGUGUGGAUAUACCCAAAGGAGGAGGCCGCUCGGGGAUAUCCCACUGGUCACUGGACCAAUGCGGGGAUGCUUCUUAUGGUUUCGGCGGGAGCAGUUGGACUCCGUGUCUGGUAUGGCUACAAGAAUCGGAAGCUUCUUCGCGAAAGUAACGGACAGGAAGUCCGGUUAUUCCGACUCUGA